UAUAAAGCCAAUAUAUAUAACUCAGCUGUGUUCCGCACACGCAAAAGUGAAAGAGCGAGAGAGAAAGAGAGACAUUAUAUUAUACAGAGACUCGUAUGUGCUGCUGCUGCUGUAUCAGCGAGUCACACACACACGAAACACACACGGGAAGUUUAAGGUGCGCGCAACUUACACACAUUCGUGUGCGUUGUAUAGCCCAAAGCCACGGUGUGACGGUGCAGUGAGCCCAUCUCUCGUCGUACACACACAUAUACGCGCGUAUACUCGUAGUCGUAGUCGUCGUCGUCGUCGUCAUAGAGUAUACAUACGCUCUCUCGCCUGUGUGUGACGAAAGUAUCGAGAAGAAGAAGCAGCUAGCAGCAGCAGUCUGUGAUAUAUCGUUGCAACGCAAGCACGCAACGAGGCCAAACUUUUACCUUAUAUAUACGCGCGCGAGAUAUUAUUAUAUUUAUAAAUAAAUAUAAUAUACAGCGGCCAAUACACGUUCUGUCUUUUCGUCGACUUGUAGCAAUAUAUUAUAUACGUAUAGUGUGCGGUGUUUCUCUCUGUGUCUGUGUGUGUGUGUGUGUCUACCGUGUCAAGUAUAUUUUGUAAGUCGUGCGAGGUGUGUACCCCGAGGACUCCGUUAUUUUUUAUUCGAGAGGUGUAUAUCCUCAUCUCGGCGUUAUAAGGCCCCUGCACGGAACAGCAGCAGUAGCAACACACCCAAGAGGCAAACAUGAACAAGACGUGCGCUCGCUGCGAGAAGACCGUCUACCCGAUCGAGGAGCUGAAAUGCCUCGACAAGGUUUGGCAUAAACAAUGUUUCAAAUGUCAAGGAUGUGGCAUGACUUUAAAUAUGAGAACAUACAAAGGUUUCAAUAAACAGCCAUACUGCGAAGCGCACAUACCAAAAGCAAAAGCAACAACAAUGGCUGUAACACCAGAAUUAACGCGCAUUGCUGAAAAUACAAAGAUACAGAGCAAUGUCAAGUAUCAUGCAGAAUUUGAGAAGGCAAAAGGCAAAUUCACCCAAGUAGCUGAUGACCCUGAAACUAUGAGGGUUAAACAAAACAGCAAGAUUAUUUCAAAUGUUGCCUACCAUGGUGAACUUGAAAAAAAGGCCAUUAUGGAGCAGAAAAGAACAAUGACCGGCGAAAAUGGGGAACAAAUUGAAUACGUAGAAUACACAGAUGGUACCAUAGCUCCAGCUAGUAGUGUAAAUGCAAAUACCCUCACCCAACCCCAGCAUCAGCAACUUCAGCAUCAUCAGCAACAACAGCAGCAUCAACAACAACAACAAAAACAACAUCAACAGCAACACCAACAGCAGCAACAGCACCAGCAUCAGCAUCAGCAACAACAACAGCACCAGCAGCAACAACAACAAGUAAUGAAUCGACCUACAGUUAUUUCCCCUGUCCAGCGAGCACCUGGUAGGAUUGCUGACUAUGAUCCAUUAAGUGAAGCUAGGCCAAGUCCUUAUUCUGGUAGACAAACUGCUACUACUGUUAUUUAUACUAGUGAUAAAGGAGCAGUUACAAAUCCACCAACAAGAAAAAUUGGCUCUGUAGCUGACAUUGAUCCAGUGAAUGAAUAUUAUGGUUCAUUGACCCCAGCAACAAAUAAUAAUCAUGUUGCACAGCAUCAACCACCACCUAUGCAAGUUACUACAGGGCGCGUUUACAGAGCCAUGUACGAUUACGAAGCUCAAGAUCACGAUGAAGUAAGUUUUUGUGAUGGCGAUCUCAUUAUUAAUUGCACAGCCAUUGAUGAAGGUUGGAUGACAGGUGUUGUUCAACGUACUGGUCGACACGGUAUGUUACCGGCUAAUUACGUUGAGCCGGCCCAAAUUUAGAUCGUAUAAAAAUUUGACAUCAGAUUUUAGGUCUGUAUUAAUAUUUUUAGUGGCAAAUGUCAUUUGAAUAAAAAAUGUAGUUCAGCACGAAAAAUUUUAGGAUUAUAAAAUAAUUUUGUGAUUGAUUUAAAGAGGAUUAAUGAAUUGAAUACUCUGUGACCACUUCAACUUGUAUCGUUUACGAUACUUCGUUUUUUCCUUAUGAAUAGUGCCACUAAAUAAUGUCUUCUCAGAAAAAUGUUAUUGUUGAUUUAAAGCAUUAUUUCUUUCACUAAGUUGUGCCUGCAUUUGAAGUCUUAGUUUUAUAAUUACUAACAAGUUCGUUUAUUUUAAGUCAUAUAAUGAAAAUCGAAAAAUGAUAAUAAUUUUCGAAUCAACUGCUAAGCUUGCUUAUUUUAACAUCUGAAUGAUACAAUUCAUCAUUUUCAUUCUUUAAUGAUGCAUUUAUAAAAACAAUCAAAGCAAUACAAUUUCAAAAUCAAUUUUCAUAAAGUAUUCUAUGCUAUUAAAAGUAGAUUCAAAAGUAUUCAUACAAGAUUAAAUUCAUUGAAUAUAUAUAUAUAGUAUUUUUAAAGUAUACUAUAAUGUAACCAAUUUAUUUGAAAGUUACAAUAUUGUGUUGCAAUAUUUAAAGUUAGCAAUUAAAAAUUUUAGCGGACAUUGAAUAUUGAAAACAAUAAUCAUUAACACAUACAUAUUUAUUGAUCGUUGGGACCAGGAGCAAUUACAUAAAUGUUAGAAAAUAUAAAAAAGUUAUGAAUGUGCAGAUUUUAAACCGAAUGAUUUUCCAUUAAAAAAAUGUUUGGAAAAAAUUUAUGAUCGACGAGACCUGAAAUGGAAAAAUUUGUUCAAACAAUGAAUUAUUUAAAAAAUUUUAAGUAUUAAAAUCAAAUGAAAAAGGUCUAUAUAGGUCCGAAUCGGGUUCGAUCAAUGCACUCCUUGAUAUGCACUGUAGCAUUUAUCAAAGUUAAUGAAUACAUCUACUCCAGAUUUUAUGAAAUCGUUUGAACUUGCUUUUUUACUUCUCGUAUGAUUCAUGAUAAUUUUAAACGUUCCAUCUACAACGUGCAAGAAGCAUGAAACAGAUUAUAUUUUUUAUAAUUUUUCUCAAU